GGCAAGCCAUGCUGAAGCCCCUGGUGAACGCGGGCGAGCGGGCCGCACAGCAGCAACACCGGCAGGGACAACAGCAGCAGCAGGGACAGCAGCAGCAGCAGGGACAGUCCUCGGAGCCCCAACUGAUGGAGCUUCAAACGCGCACAGCGCCGCAACACCUCCAGCAACAACAGGACUAGAUUGGGAGGAUGACACGGAUGGCUCGUUUAGACAUGGUGUGUGAAACAAGUUCGGACGUGGCUUUCCGGAACGGAUUGACCUGCAAGUGGGACAAUGUUGAGUUCGGGAGUACUGGUUGUUCCAGCGCAUACAUGCUGUUGAGUGGGUCGGAUGUGGAGUGUGAGAGCACGAGUAGCAGCAGCAACCACAGCCACAACUGCGACAGGUGCCAACACGCCGCAGCGUCAGAUCGUUUUUGUGUCCACCCGUUGCCAAACUUGAUGUUUUGUGCAUUCCUCCUGAGAUGGAGGUGGGUGUCAGUGUGUGCGGUGAACAUAAUGAUGCAUAUGACUCGCUUGCAUGCAUUUGAUUGGUUGAUCUGGAGGGACAUCUGCCCGGAAUGAGCCAAGCAGCCCUCGCGACCUACAAAGGCAGCCUGGUGGCUCACCGCCUAUUGAAUCGGCUAUAGGGCCCUAACACGCUUGGCAAUUCUUGCCAGGGUGGCGAGGGUACGGGGGAUGCCGUGGCCUUCGACAGCUUGCAACGGGCUAAGCGGGCAGCGGGCCAAGACCACAAGCUGCUAUUGUAUUGCAGAAACAAUUCCCAGAGGAUUAUGCGGCGCAAAGUCUAAGCGGGAGGCGCGCAAGCUUACAUCCCGAUUCCUGGCGGACCUCACGGUUUUGUCGUACAGACAUCUGGCUUACAACACAGCUCCAGAAUCAGUCCUUAGUAGCAUUAGUAUACAACGCUUCUGUGUCAUCUGAUUAUUGCUUUAGUUUAACAGGGACUGCUGUCUUCAGAAACGCGGGAAGAUGGAUGUCAAGCAUUUAGCUCGCUCCCUUGGCAUAAUGCAGCAGCCGGCCAUAAACCGUGCCAGCGAGCUUUUACGGUUACUUAAGCUGAAGAUUCCAGGCGGCUUAGGUCAGGCAAAAAUAUGUAGACCAGCAGUGUGCUUAGAGCUAGCCUGCCAAACGACUCCGGGCAGCAAACUUCCGACUCGGGAAGAGUUUGUACGCUACAGCUGCUCUACAGCUAAGAUCUACAAUGAAACCUUCACUCGGAUACAGCGGCUGUUGGACGUGCGGCCAGCACUGGACUUGCGGGAGCUAGUGACGCUCUUUGGGUGUUCACAGCUCCAUGACAAGGUUCAGCAGCUGAUGCGGACCUACAAGACUCGCUUCCUGGAGUCCCUACCCCAAGCUGAUCGCGGCCGCGCUGACCUCAGCCGGCCCGUCUUCCUGGCUGCUGCGUUCUUGCUAGUCGCGAGAAAGCAUAAGGCCACCGUUGACCGUGCCGCGCUAAUAGCAAAGAUGGGCCUUACGCGAGCUGAGCUCACGGGCGCCAUAGAGGACGUGGUGGCGCGCUGCGAGGACCUAUUGGUGCCGGCGGGGACGAAGGGGCGCAAACGGGAGCGAGAAGACGGUGCGGAUGCGGAGAGGGAGGGGGCAGAUGGCGAGUCAGCGGCUGCACACGCGGGUGAGGGAGCGGGUGGCAGCCCCGGGGAGGCUGCCCGCCAGGCAAAGCCACGAGCGAAGCGCGGCAAACGUGCCGCCUCACAGCGUGAGGAUGAAGAGGAGGAGGCUGGUUCUGCAUUGCAUCCGGCGGAUGUGGCGGUGGAGGAUCUCAAACUGGUUCUCAUCGGCAUGGGGGGACCCCCGGGUCAGGCCGGCUAUGCAGAUGACGAUGCAGCUGAUGGGGCCGGCAUGACCACCGGAGGCGGCCGCAAGGCCCGUCUCAAGACCUCGCGGAAGAAGGCGGUUAAAGCCAGGGUGGAAGGCGACGAGGAGGAGCAGGUGCAGGAGGGGCAGGCUGCGGAAGAGGGUGAGGCGGGGGCUGGCACGACCAAGGUUUGCCGACGGAGGGUCGUGCGGGCGAGGCACGCUGGGUGUGACGUUGACGAAGACGAUGAGUGAAGGGAUGUGUAGGUGAGGGACGGCGCGAGUGGGCAGCUGAGGUAGGCUGCCGGGGCAAGUGGGUUAUUUCGCUGCCAGGGAUUUGCCACUUUGGGAUUGAGGAAAGUGCCAAAGCGCCGGCCAGUGUGCUGUCACGCAUGACUGGGUGAGGGAGGGGACGUCCGAUUUCACACACACGAACGCACGAACCGAAUGCAUCUGUUGCAGCACGUUCUAUAAUGAGGUUGAGAGUGUGAGAUACUGUGGGGUGCCAGGCAUACCUGGAACAGACUUUCGUUGCAUUGUGUUGAUGUUGUUGACACCUGUUGAACCACCUGCCGAUUUGGUAGGAAUUGCUGCUGGGGGUGUUGCCUUUUGAGUUGAAUGACGGUUACAACGGCUCCCUAAAAGGGAACAUAAGUGAGGAGGCAUGUGUGCAGGUG